AUGUAAAUUUUGUAGACAGCGAUUGUGACGUUCUACGCUGCACCACCAUAGGGAAAAUGGAACUACUAAUCAUUAUCUGUCGGUAAUAUAAUUGAUAAGUCUCGCAUGGUACAUACUGGUUCAUCAUUUCCGGAAUACUUCGUUUUCGCCUUUCACAAAGUGACCGCUGAUAGGUUAAGUUGCACUGUAUAUGAAUGUGCUCGGAUUAUUUGGAUAUACUUAGAUAUAUCAGUUUGGAUAUAUUCAGAUAUAUUUCAAUAUAUUUCUGAAGUGUUCAGGUUUCGUCCAGAAAGGAAAAGAAGUAGCUUAGAGGCCUACCCGUACAACCUAUUGAUAAGAAAUAUGAGAACUUGUUGCGUCUCUGGAUGUUCUUCGGGGAACAAAGCUCCACGUCAUGAGUUUCCAAAGAAUGCCGAACGGCGAAAAAAAUGGUUUGAGAACCUGCAUAUGGAACCAUUAGAAAACGAAAAUGAAAUAAAAAAGUUGAGAGUAUGCUAUAGACAUUUUUGUGACAAUGAUUAUAGCGGAUCUCAAACAAAAAGAGUAUUAUUGCAUUUUGCUGUCCCAUCUGUAAAUGUUCCAUUUGUAAAUGUGUCGCAACAUAAAUCAGAAUUAGCUGAAAAUAUAGAUUGCAGUGAAUAUAUAGCACAACAUAAACAACAAGAACAAGAAGUAUUAAACAAACAAAGCUAUAUAAUUUCACAAGAAAAACAUGAAGAAUUGGACACAAAACGCGAAACACAGUUACAACAAAUGCAAGAAUUAUUAACACAGCAACAAGAAAUAUUAACACAGCAACAAGAAAUGUUAUCACAGCAACAAGAAAUAUUAACACAACAACAAGAAAUGUUAACACAGCAACAAGAAGUAUUAACACAGCAACAAGAAAUAUUAACACAGCAACAAGAAGUAUUAACACAGCAACAAGAAAGAAUCUUAAAUAUUGAAGAAACAUUGAAAGUUUACGCUAAAACGCGACCCAAUCUUGAAAAAGUUACUCGACAAAUCUUAUUAAGUCCUAAAGCUAGAAAGUUGUACGAUAAAAUUGUUAAAAUGAAGAAAACUAAAAAACAGCAAAAGAGACGUUAUGAGGCCACAAAACAAAACAAGUCACAAACAAUACAACUACGUACAACUAAUUAUAAAGAAAAUGUCGAUGCAACAACACUUGGAUGAUGAUCUUGGAAUAAGAGAAUAAAGUCAUUGCGUGCUUAACAUCUGACGCUCAGUUGAAUGGAGAAUUAUAUUGGUUCAUAAGUAAGAAGGAUAAUUUGGACGUAGGAGAUUUUACUGUUUUACUAAAGAAUACCGUUAACCAUACAACCUAUAUUCAAAGAACUCUUUCUAUUCAACAUAAUAAAAAUAAGUCUGAAAGAGAAUUAUUGUACAUAUGCAAUUUCUUGUAUGGCCGUCAAAUGUAUUUCGGGAGAAAACAUCACGAAAAUUAGUGUCAUUCUUCAGAUAAUUUUCUUUAUAAUCUUUAUGCAGAAAUACAACGUCCUGAUUCCGAGCAACUGGGUAUGCAAUUAACAAAAACAUUGUAACUUAAUUUAUUGCUUAUUUCUUAUUAAUUUAUUGCUAAUUAAAUUUAUUGCUUUAUUUAUAUUUCGAUAUAUUUAGCCUAUAAUGUAUGAUUAUUUAAGUUUAUAUAACACAACUUGUAUUUACUUAUUGCUUAUGUAAAUACAUUUUAUAUUUUAUAUUUAUGUAAAAUAAAAUAUGACAAUUUUAUCUCUA